AACGCUAUUGGCUUAGCGCGAAAUUUGAAAUGUAAGGGGAACGUUAGCGGCUCGGAGGACAACAACAAGUCUAAAUAUGCGAAUUUUUUAGAUAGCAAACAAUCAAACCAGAGGAAUUAAGUGCUACAAAAAAGUUUACUAUCGGUUUUCUUGGGAGAACUUUUUUUUUUUAACUUAAAGCGAAAUGGAUAUCGCCUCGUAUUUACAGCGUUUUGAAAACAGUUUGACCUCAUACACAGGUGACGACCCACUGGACGCCUGGAUCAAGUUUGUGGAGUACCUGGAGCAGAGGCUACCUACAGAUGGUGGCAGAGGGAUGUUGCUGGUGUUUGAGCGUCUCAUCCAGAGAUUUUUGAAUGUCGAGCAAUACGCGAAUGACAUCAGAUAUGUGAACUACUGCAUCAAAUGUGCAAGUUAUUACGUGGACCCUGUUUCCCUGUACAGUCAGGUCUUCAGUAGGGGCGUCGGCACCAGGACAGCUGGCCUGUAUGUGGCCUGGGCUCAGCACUUUGAACAGAGAGGACUGCAUGAACAGGCUGAUGCAGUAUACCAGAAAGCGCUGGAGAACCAAGCUCAUCCAGCCAGCACUGUUCUCCAUGAAUACAAGCAGUUUCAGACCAGAACCAGAAGUGAGACGGCAGUGUCCGGAGGAAGUCGAAACCCUUUGCAGAACUCCAAUUUAACCAAUCAGGUGCCCCACAGAGAGCCUGUCACUCAGAACAAGAUGUCUGUGGACUGUCCCUCCAAAUUCAUCGACAUAGUCUCUCGCUCUGAGACUUCCGGGACAAUUCCCACCAGUCAGGGCUCUGGCAUUCAGACCGUGUCCGAGUACACGGUAGAAGAUCUCGUCUGCGACGAAUCUGAGCUAUGCUUCGAAGAGGCCCGAGCUCAGAAUUACUUCCGCAAGCUCCCUGAGCAGGAGGAGAAAGACGAGACAGACUUCACGCUGACACCGAGCGAGGGUGAGGAGAGGAAUAAAUGGUUGCUGGAGAAAGUUUUCUGCGAUCUUGAAAUCAGACAGACUUCAUCUCAAAAGGUAAGACAAAAGCAUCCUGAUGCAAUAGGCUGUGCUGAAUGUGCAUCAGAGCCCUAA